UUUACUCUGUUGAAGAUACCCAUUAUUUUGUGAAUCCAGCAUCCCUUUUUCUGGAAAUUGCUUCUCUUUUUUCCAUCCAUAUGGCUGUCAGGGGAACAGUCAUGUUGUGACAGGGUCCUAUCCCCUGGCUUUGAAGUCUUUCCCACAAAGUUUUGUGGACUGGGGAUUAUGGGAAUAUUGGUUCAGGGUAUUUUUAUUUGUCAAGUUGUGACAUGUGAAGCUUAGGAAUCUGUUGGUGGCUUAUUUACAGGCAUACAGACUGAGAUGUGGGGUGAAGGCAGCCUGGAACAGAGACAGGGAGGCAGGAUUUUAGCCCCUGCUUCCUGAUUUCUGUCCAUGUAUUGGUGAAGGUAUCCCUGUGUCCUGAUAAUAUUUCCCCUUUUCGCUUAACUUCUGAUUUGCUGUCAGUCACUUGCUACCCUCAAAGUCCUAAUGUUUAGGACUGCUGGUCGUCUUAACCAUAGCAAAAGAAGAUAAUGGAUUUGGGUUGAAAAUCACUGACAUUUGAGGGUUUAAUUCAAAGGCUAAUGGUUCCCCAAGUGUAUUGGUUUAGGUUCUUCCUUCUUGAUCCCAAACUCAUGUGAAAAAGAAAUUAAACCUAUUAAAAAGGGUUGCAUUAAAAAAUAGCCAAAUUCAUUCAAAGAGCAAGUCAUUUUGAAAACCAAUGAAAGUUAGUUGUUGUUGCUGUUGGCUAAAUGAGUUUUAUUCAAUCAUCUUCAUUUAUUUCUUAAAGAACUCAAUCAGAUGUCCCAUUUCCCAGCACCUCAACAUAUCAGGCAGCAAAGGGAAAAGGAAAGUUUCCUAAAGCAUGGAUUGUGGUAUUCUCUGUUGAAGUGAUUAAUGAAAGAUAAAGUUCACUAUUACAGAUAGGGAAUUCUUUGAGAAGGUCUUUGCAGCAACUCUAAAAUAGAAAGAGAUUUGGGAUUGUGUAGUUCUUGCUGCUUCUGACACCUCUGUCCAUAAGCUUACACUUGGCUGUCACAAUGACAUCAUAGGUCACUUGGGUGACUACAGAGUACCUAGUGUUCUACUUAGUAGUUCUCUGCCUGUGCCUCUUCAGGCUCAGCAGUUUAAAACUUGCCCCGCUCCCAUGUUCAUGGAUUAUAUAUGGAUCUAGAUUGUGUGGCCACCUCCACCUUCAGGUUUAACACAGGUGACAAUUUGCACUGGGGCUUUACAAAAGAAAAAAUGUCUUCAUCUUAGGUAACAAAAAGAAGGUCUUAACCCUGCCUGACAAUAGUUUAAGACCUAAAAAAAACAAUGAUCAGGGACUGCAUUAAAUCAGCAUUGGAGAGGUUGUCUUCGAAAAUACAGAGAAAAACUAAAAUGCGUGCAGAGAAUGGAGGUGAAUAUAUAGGUCAUUCCAACAGCAGAUUGGGGACUCUAAGUUUACUAAGAAUAUAUUUCAAAAAAACCAGUCAAUUUGAUGGAACAAAUAGCUUUCAAAUAUUAAGCUAGUUGUUUGACCAAAUCAGUGGAUGAAAACAAUUUAUAUUCAGUUCUCAGACAUAGACCUACUUAUUAUCCAGAAACGUUUUCCUUCUGUCUAAUCUAAAUUACUCUUCCAUUGUUGUCACCCAUUUUUAAAGCCUUUGCUAAUAGAGAAUGGCUAUCUGGCUUGUUUUUGUCUUCCAAUUCUAUCUUCUUAGUUUCCCUUGUAGAGUCUAGUUUUCAUCCUUUAGUUACUCUUAAAAGCCAAGCCAAACCAAACCAAACAAACCAACAAAAACCAGAUAAAAGUCACAAUGCAGUUCUCAUUGGCUUAGUAGAUAUUUGCCAAGCUAGUGAAAAUUACACAUUAAUUUCCCCACAUAGGAUUUGGUGGGAAUAAAGUACAUCCCUUUGCUAUACUUGUGGCUUAUUAGGUAACAUAGGAUGUUGCCCAUUUGUGGUUAUGUUUGUCCUGCUUCAUCCCAGCUCUUCCUGUGUGUGGUUCCUGCGGAGGGAGCAUCAUGAAUGCACAUUAGGAACAUUAUUGUUGUCCAUGAGUGUGUGUGUGUGUGUGUGUGUGUGUGUGUGUGUGUGUGUGUGUAGGGGCAGGUUGGAGAAGAAUGUCUCAGUGGUGAUGUAGCAAAGUCAGACCCCCCCAAAGUGGGAUAAAUGGGGUUCUCCAAGCUGAGUAUCCUGGGAGCUGGCCAAGGCCAUCGCUAGGUUGGAAGGAGACUGGGCUAGGGCUUACAGAAUGAGUGUGCCUGAGCCUCCCUCUGGGAACAGACUGCUGGGAGACAGACUUGAAGCUGGCCUGGUAUGUUGGGGUUAAACCAUUUAUUUUUUUCCUCUUUUAUUCCUCUUGGGUUUCUUUAUUCACUCUUUAAAAUUUAGACAUCUGUACAACCCUGGGAUGGGGAGGGAGGCAUGGUGGCCAGUGUUCAUGACCUUUGGGGGAACUUCCCUCUCAUGCUCUCUGUGGUCUAAGGACUACUACAGAGUUGGACUAUGGUAAGAAGGCCUCCUGUUUAAAUAGCUAAGGGGCAGCCCCUGCAGAGCUCAGAAUUGUCUUAAAUAUGAAAAUAUCAAGUUCUGACACCACUAGGUAAAUCAUUGCUUAAUUUUGAGUAUUCAUAAACUAAAAAUAGAACCAUUUCCUUGCAUUAAAACCCUGUGUUAUGGUCUCGUUAUCUGUAAUAAUUUCAUAACAAUGCAAGCUAUGGUAGUUGUGUUUUCUGUCAGGCAGUGGUAAAGCAACAUGAAAGUUUUUAGGAAAGGGGUGAGAAAGGUGAAUGUGGAAUGUCCCCACAUUUCCCAAAAUUUUAUACAUAAAAGAGAAGCAAUUCUCUUCAUGUGUAAUUAGCAAAGAUAAGCUUAUUCUUAACUUAUUUCUGAAUCUCUAAGUCAUUUGCUUCGCCCUGUACAUUGGCUGAUGAGCAGUUAUAAUUAAGCUUUGGGCAGUUCUUUCCACAUGAACAUUAAAGUAAUUCAGGUAUUUGAAGGUGUGACAUGGAAUGACUUCCUCUCUCAGUGGUUCAGUAGGUGCUGUGUCCUGGCCCGCGUUAGCUGGCCCAGGAGUGUCUGCCGUAUAUACAUUCAAGCUAAGUGACCGCUCCUCAGCUAAAAUCCAGGAGCACACAGACGCCAGAGCUAGCUUUCCAUUAAGGGAAUGCUAGAAACUGGCCCAGGAUAAAGCAAAGGCUAAGGGACAGAAAGAAAGCUGGAAUUACAUUAUUGCAAUAUUCUGCAAAAUCAGAUUUCGGCGUCUGUCCUGCUUCUCUUUGGAGCUGAAAACGCCUUGAGUUUCUCCCUGAGAAGCAUGAGCAAUUGCGUAAGUACUGUAUUUUCUGACAAUUUCCAGCACGAGUCCAUCCAAGAUUACGAGGCAAGGCUGCAUGAUAAGGUGAUUAUGUGUUUGGGUAUUUUAUACAUGAGUGUAACCUUGUCACCUUGCUUUGCAAAACCAAAAAUCCCCUGCGUACGCCCAGGAGAGGGGAAUUCAGCAUUUGCCAGGCCCAGCAAAAUGCCCUCCCUUAUUCUCUUUCCUGGCCUCAUUGCUUCUCCCACACGUGGGUUCAGUAAGUUGGAAGAGUCUGAAAUCAUGCUUGCUGAAUAAUGCUAGCCCACUCUGAAAAUUUGGGAGAGAGCUGGACCCUCGUCAUCACCACGCAGUGUCACCGAGACAGGGUAACCCAUGGUUACUGAGCGCAGAUCAGUGGAGCAGGCAGCCUUCCCUCCUCACUGCUCUAUAAAAGAGACCGGGGCAGGGACCCCGCCAGCUUCCAGCUCUCAGCCGGACGAGGGGUGGAGUGGAGCACACCAGCUCCUGACAGAGGCAGGACCAGCAUGUCUCCUUCCUUCAAACUCCGCUGUCGCUUCAUCCUGAUCUUCCUGGUGGCUCUGAGCGGGGAGAGCCGGUACCUGGAGCUGCGGGAAGCCGGGGACCACGACCCUUUCCUGCUCCUCAGCGCCCACCUGAAGCGGGAGCUGGCGGGGGAGCCGCUGUACCGCCGCGCUCUGCGGUGCCUGGACAUGCUGAGCCUGCAGGGCCAGUUCACCUUCACCGCCGACCGGCCGCAGCUGCACUGCGCUGCCUUCUUCAUCAGCGAGCCGGAGGAGUUCAUCACCAUCUACUACGACCGGGUCUCCAUUGACUGCCAGGGCGGGGACUUCCUGAAGGUAUUUGAUGGUUGGAUUCUCAAAGGGGAGAAGUUCCCCAGUUCCCAGGACCACCCUCUCCCCACAACUGAGCGGUACAUAGAUUUCUGUGAGAGUGGUCUUGGCCGAAGGAGCAUCAGAUCCUCCCAGAACGUGGCCAUGAUCUUCUUCCGGGUCCAUGAACCAGGAAAUGGGUUCACAUUAACCAUCAGGACAGUUCCCAACCUCUUUCCCUGCAACGUCAUUUCCCAGACCCCAAAUGGAAGGUUCACCCUGGUGGUUCCACAUCAGCAUCGAAACUGCAGCUUCUCCAUAAUUUAUCCUGUGAUGAUCAAAAUAUCUGAUCUCACCCUGGGACACUUAAAUGGCCUGCAGUUAAAGAAACCUGCAGCAGGCUGUGGGGGGAAAGGAGACUUUGUGGAGCUACUGGGAGGAAGUGGAUUGGACCCUUCCAAGAUGAUGCCUUUAGCGGAUCUCUGCUAUCCCUUUCAAGGCCCUGCCCAAAUGAAAAUUGGCUGCGACAACACGGUGGUGCGCAUGGUCUCCAGCGGAAAACACAUAAACCGUGUGACUUUUGAGUACCGCCAGCUGGAACCAUACGAACUGGAAAACCCAAAUGGAAACAGUAUCCGGGAAUUCUGUUUGGCUGGUCUUUGAAUAACCAUCCAGUGAUUUACAUGCUGCUAGCAAAGUGAGUGUUUAAUAGGUAUUAUAUAUGAUUUCGAAGAUCACUAGUUUAAAGCCUUUCCUACCAGCCAGUAUUCACAGCCUCUCUCUCUCUCUCUCUCUCUCUCUCUCUCUCUCUCUCUCUCUCUCUCUCUCUCUCUCUCUCUCUCAAACACACACGUAUUUGUACCUUGUUUCUUUUUCAUUUGUAAUAUAUAAAUGACCACAUGGCCCCCACCUUGGUAGUAGAACAGUUUUCUGUAAUUCUUUGGUAUGCUACAAACCUGAACUGGUAAGACAAGUGCAAAGCAAUGUGCAAUUUUAAAAAAUGUGUCUCAAGGAAAAAUACUAUAAAGAGAUAAAAAUGGUGGCAUUCAUAUCAGUUCUAUAACAGAAAACAAUGGAAUGUCUGUGUACACCAAGGUAGUUGCUUCAGUUUUUAUUUUCUGCUUAUUAUUCUGUUUACAAUAGAUAAUAGUUGUAGCUACUACAUAUUGAUUUGCAUCAACUUGUUUUUAACAAACCUUUGUAGCAAGGAAAACCUUUCCCAUCCAUAAUACAAAAGUGAAUAAAUACAUUUGGGGUGUUGCCACCUUGA